CCGUUUUCCAAAAAGGUGAACGUAAAGCACGCGACAUAUGGAAAACGAAAUCUAUGACAUGAAGUCCCGUGAGCGUUAAAGGGAAAACAGUGAUCGGCCACGCGAUAUCAUCUCCGCGCCCAGUUUCCGCGCGGUGAAAACGAAGAUACGUAGAUCGGCCAAGAAUCGGCAGAAUCAGGCAGAUGAAAUGUGAAGCACGAGGACAGCGCGUCGUAGAUCUGGCGGGAACGAAGGCGGAAGUUGAGAAAACCGAGGUGAGAUUCACCGCAGGGAUAGCGGCACGUCGGGGGAGCACCUGGCGCGGGCCGCCUGAGAUGACGGCCUUGCGACAGGAUAUCACGGCAUCCCCGUAUAGAACCUUCCUCCUGCUGUCACUGAUCGGACUACUGCUCCAAAUCCAUUCGGCGACAGGUGGUAUAUGCUGGUCGUCUAUCAGUAACGGCCGCUGCAAGGAACUUUUAUCGCAAGGCGUCACGAGAGAAGACUGUUGCGCGUCUAACGCAGCAGCAGCGACUGCAUACUCUGAGGAGGAUCUGGAUAGCGGAAGUCUCUUUUUCUGGAGGGUUCUUGGUGGAGGUGUACAGUGUCGUCCUUGUCGAGAGAGUUGCGCGGAAGUGAGGUGCGAAGAGGGAAAGAAGUGCGUGGUGCGUAGAGGAAGGCCGAGGUGCGUGUGCAGUCCAGAGUGCAAGGCACCGCGAGGCGGUGGACCGGUCUGCGGGACGGACGGCAAGAGUUAUAAGAGCCUCUGCAGACUCAAAAAGCGAGCUUGCAAGAAGGGCAGCCACGAACUCGCGGUUGCCUACAACGGCCACUGCCAAAGUUCGUGCGCACGGGUCCGGUGCGGCCAAGGUCGGAGCUGUCUGCUGGACCAGAACCUGAGCCCUCACUGUGUGAGGUGCGCCCGCAGGUGCCCCCAGGCGCCCCCGCACCAGGUCGCCGGCGCGCGCCCCGUCUGCGGGGCCGACGGAAACACCUACAAGAGUGCCUGCCACCUGCGACUCGCCGCCUGCCGCGCAGGUCGCGCCAUUCCCGUCGCAUAUAAAGGCCAUUGCAAACAGAGCGCAGACUGUACUAAGAUACGCUGUCGAGAAGGCCAAACUUGUUUGUCCGAAAUGAAAUCUGGACGACCGCGUUGCGUGACCUGCACCUAUCGUUGCCCCCGGAAGCGGGAGCGCGUGCGAAAUCGGGCGCACCGUGACAGGGAUCGGGAUCGAGAUCCAUCGACGACCAUGUUGUGCGCGACCAACAACAUCACCUAUCCCAGCUGGUGUCACAUCAUCAAGGACGCCUGCGUUACCGGCUUCGUUCUCGAAACGCGGCACGCGGGCCCCUGUAACGCUUACGACACAGCCCCUCUUUAUAUCGAAGAAGACAAUACCUCGAGCAACUAUGGGGUCGACCUGGCGGACGAAGAUACAAAAGCGGGUGAUGAUCGCGCCAAAUCCCCAUAUGGCCUACAUCCUUUACCGUUGUCGAUUCUCGAAGAAAUGCACGAGCAAAAGCUCGUUAGAGAAACUCGUAGGAAUCGCUUGACUAAAAGGCGCAUUUACUCUAACUCUCUAAAAUCUUUUAAGGUACCGGAAAACUUUGCGAAAACUGAACAUUCCAAUAAUUGGGCAGUUUUGGUCGACACAUCGCGUUUCUGGUUUAACUAUCGACACGUCGCGAAUGUUUUAUCUAUUUAUCGAAGUGUUAAACGUUUGGGAAUACCAGAUUCGCAAAUCAUUCUUAUGAUAGCCGAUGAUAUGGCGUGCAAUCCUAGGAAUCCUAGACCAGCGACUGUUUUUAACAACAUUAAACAACAUAUUAAUGUUUAUGGCGAUGAUGUAGAGGUUGACUAUAGAGGUUACGAAGUAACAGUAGAAAAUUUUGUAAGAUUAUUGACUGGUCGUUUAGCGGAGGAAACUCCAAGAUCCAAGAAACUGUUAACGGAUGAAGGUUCAAAUAUCUUAAUUUAUUUAACUGGUCAUGGCGGUAAUGGAUUUUUAAAGUUUCAAGAUUCUGAAGAAAUCACUAGUCAAGAGUUAGGAGAUGCAUUAGAACAAAUGUGGCAAAAACGAAGAUAUCACGAAAUUCUAUUUGUGGUUGACACUUGUCAAGCGAGUUCAAUGUAUGAAAAGUUUUAUUCUCCAAAUAUAUUAGCAGUUGCUUCUAGUUUAGUAGGGGAAGAUUCACUUUCUCAUCAUGUGGAUCCUGCCAUUGGUGUUUAUAUUAUAGAUCGGUACACCUAUUAUGCAUUAAACUUUUUGGAAAAAGUGGAACCAUCUAGUUCUAAAACUUUGGGUGAAUUUUUGAAAGUAUGUCCAAGAGAUUAUUGUUUAUCGACAGUAGGUGUAAGAAGAGAUUUAUUCAGGAGAGAUCCAGAUAAAGUGCCAGUAACAGAUUUCUUUGGGUCUCUUAGGCCUGUGGAACUUACAACAAAUAUAAUGAAUGUAUUACCUGUUGAAUCAAAUCAUACAAAAAUUGAAGAGCCAAAAGGAAAAUAUAGUUACGUUACACAAUUCCCUGAUGUAUCCCAAUUCAUGUGGCGCAUAUUUUAUUGUAUCUUUUGUGUUUUGAUAUGUUCUGCGCAAGCAUAUGUAGCAAAUCAAAACUUCAUAGAAGUACACGAAUUGAAUUCUAAGGAAUUGUCACCUCUAGAUCAACUGGCUCCCAUAGAUCCUGCUUUACAUGCUUUUCCAACAAUUCCAACGGUCCCUCUCUUGCCAAAUUGCAUGAAACAAGGGAUCCAUUAUUUGAGGGAUCCUUUUAACUGCGGCAAGUUUUAUCGUUGCGAAUACGAUCAAGGUGUACCAAUGGCAUACUAUUGUGAAACAGGAUUAAUAUUCAACACACUAACAGAAUCAUGUGAUGAUCCGCAAUAUGUACAAUGCUAAUGUAUAAUAAUAGAAGAAUUGUUCUUUUUUCUGAUAUUCUGCAAUAUAUAUAUAUUCAUAUUGUAUUGUAAAUACCAAGAAUUUAAUUUCAAAAUUUAUAUUUAUGUAUUUAUCACGAUAUACUUGUUGUAUUAAAUGCAAGAUGUUUGCAAUAUUAAAAUAAAUUUGUUUAUUUUUGUUGUGA